UAUUAACGGAGACGAUGAUCACAAAUUUCUACUUCCGGACUCGCCGCUAUGAUUCAGCGCCAUGAUUUUGGUAUCGCCUAACAUUGUGCAUCUCCCUACUCAUCUCUGGCCUUAUUAUACUUUCUUGUCUAUGUUAAUUAAAAUCUCUGUUGCCGGUAUAAUAAACUGUAGCAGACGAUUUCACUUGAAUAACCAAUAACUCAUUUUGUUAAGAAUUAAUAGAAGAAGUACUUAUGUAAAAUGAACAACUUGUUUCCUAAACGUUUUGGAUUCUUUGCAAAAUCUAUUAUAAGGUAUAUACAUAGAUCUGCAAUAAUUAAAGAGGCACAUUAUGAAGAUGGAGGGAGAACAAUUUUAAAUGUCUUAAAUAAAAAAUCUGCAGAUGGAUUAUUAAUUGAUUCUUGCAACAGGAUGGGGUUUACUUUAAACAGUGGUGCUUUUAUAAUUGGUCCAAUAGUUAUUUUUCCAAAGGCCAUCCUUAGUUGGGACAUAGAAUCUUCGAAACAUAUGAAUAGGGAUUCUCUAUGUUUAUUUUCAUUGUUGGAACCAAAAUUGGAUAUUGUAGUCAUUGGUCUUGAUAAUGAUAAGUAUAUACCAAAUGCCCCAUUUAUUACAGAAGCUAGAGAAUAUUUGAAUGAAUUACAAAUUGCAGUAGAAAUACUUCCAGUAAAAAAGGCUUGUACUGUUUACAAUUUCCUCUAUACCGAUAACGUCAAUGCUGCAGCAGCAUUGAUACCACCAGUAAAUAUGGAAACUGUAAUGCAAGAUCCAAAGCUACAACCAUUUACACCACCAGCUUUGUUAAAUCGGGAAAAAUAGCAUGUGCAUUUAAAUCUAGCAAAUCAAUGUAUACUAGCAGUAUAAUUAUGAAACCUGUUAUUAAUGCAACAAAAUAAAUAAUGAAGUUGUGGAUAAGUAAAACUCA